AUGAGUAUCAACGGCAACGACUUGGCCAAGGUGCAGGCAAAGGGACAGCCUAAGAUUCUUAAACCUGUUAAAAGCUUUGAAUGGGAUGAAUACCUAAAGGCACAAAAUGGCGUCCCGGCGCCGAGCGAGUGCUUCAAUCAGCCACCCGAGCCGCCAGUUAACGAAUUUCGAGUGAAUCAGAAACUAGAACUCAACAGUCCAACCAAUGACUUUGAUUUCGUUCACCUGGCAUCAGUGGUUAGCUAUGUCGGCCCACGAUUGCAGUUAAGAUUGGACGGCUGUGAUAGCAGUAAUGACAUUUUUGAGUUAGUUGAUUCGCAAGCAAUCCAUCCAGUCGGUGCACGUCUCGAGCGGAAAAAGUACUUUGCAGCUCCGCUCCGCUUUCGAAAAGACGCUGCUUCGUACAAUUCGUUUUGCAAGUCAAUCCUGAAGAGUGCUGAAUUUGCACCAAAGACUGCUUUCAAAAAGCCUCCUCAGGAGCCUCGUGAAAACCUCUUCAAGCAAGGCAUGAAACUGGAGGCAGUCGAUCAAAAGCACCCGUCCAAUAUCUGUCCUGCAACAAUCGCCGCAGUCGACAAGGACCAUGUGACGAUUCAUCUUGACGGAUGGGACGACAGCAACGACUACAAGUGCAGCUACAAAGCCCGAACUUUGUUUCCCGUCGGUUGGUGCAAAAAGACGGGCAACCUUUUGCAGCAACCUGGACCAAAAGCUGAAAUUCACGUUAAAACGGAAAGUGAUAGCACCAAUAGUAAUCUCAAGACGGACGAAAAGGAAGUCAGUACUGCUGUCAGAGCGUCCACCUCUACCGCAGGUGACGUCAACAAGAAAGACAAAGAGACCAGUCAAGUAGAACAGCCGUUAUCGACUGUCAACAAAGCUAGCGUGGUCACUGUGACAAACAAUCAAACGCUGCAUCCGAAGAAUACUGUUAUAAACAACAAAAAUGAAGCAAAGCUGACGACGCCUAAGCCGCUCACUGGCGCUGAGAUGAACAAUACACAAAAUAACAAUCGAGGGUUCAAGCGACCGCAACCUCCGCUGAUGAACUCCGAACCGCGAAAAUCGCAAGCAGUGAUGCAUACAAUGAAACCAUGCAUUAUGUCACAAAACAAUUCGUCGUUUCACACCUUCAACAAAUCGACAACACAGACGACUGUUGUGCCGAAUCCCCUUAUCAUGUCGCAGCAAGGUCAGUUUUUGGUGGGGUCAUUACAGUCCAAAGUACCCAUAUCGCAAAACGCUGCUUUGACUUUAAACAAUAACAAUAACAACGCUGUUAUUCUGACGACAAAUCACGUGCCAGUUGUUAAUGCAUGCAAAAAGCCGUCAGCCAUCUCAACCCAUAAUGGUAAUUUACCCGACCCAAACAUAGUGGAAAAUUGGACAGAGGAUGAGGUGAUUGCAUUUCUUAGUUCGAUGUUACCCGAUUUCAGCAAGUACGAAAGCCUUUUCAGAUCUCAAGAAAUCGAUGGAAAAGCAUUUCGCCUCUUGACAAAUGAGUUUCUCAUUAAGUAUAUGGGCAUUAAACUUGGUUGCUCUCUCAAGAUAUGCAACAUAGUGGACCAGAUUAAUGGGUCGGACUAA